UUCAGAAUUAGGGUUUUAUCUUAAUUUUAGUCAAUUUCUCAUUUUUUAGGUUCUGUUUCAUCAUAUAUCAUAUAUAAAUAUAAUAGUUAUAAUAUAUAUAUAUAUAUAAGAAUUAGGGUUUUUUGUUUACAAGUAUGAAUAACAAUAGCAAUAAUAUGAAUAACCCCCCUAAAAACAAUGCCCAUUUUGGAAACCCUAACACCCAUCUCCACCCACAAUCCCAAUCUCAACAACCGACCGGCUCGUCUUUUGCGAGCCAGUUCCAGCUUUCGCAGUACGCUGCGGCCCAUGCCCAUGCCCAGGCCAUAGCUCAGGCCCAGUCUAAAGCUCAGGCUCAAGCUCUAGCCCAAGCUCAAGUGAAUCAAGCACAGUAUCAUGCCCAGUUACAGGCCGGGAAUCAAGGGAUGUCGGUUAAUCAAUCGCAUCCACAUGGGCUUGGGCAUUUCUCGGGUAACUCGUCUGCGUUUCCCGGGUCGGGUAAUGUUGGAAUGAUUAAACGGGGUAUGGUUCAGAAGCCGGUUGGAAGACCACCUGGGGUGUCGAAUGCGAAUACGGUUUCUCCAAUGAGGAUGAUGGAGCUUACCCCCGGUCAACGUAAUAAAAAGAAACAGAAGCUUCCUGAGAAGCAGUUGUUGGAACGGGUGGCGAGGAUUUUACCGCAGUCAGCUCUUUAUACGGAGCUUGUAGAGUUUGAGUCGCGUGUGGAUGCUGCUUUAGCGAGAAAGAAGAUGGAUAUUCAAGAUGCGAUUAAGAACCCUCCUUGUAUUCAGAAAACGCUAAGGAUUUAUGUGUUUAAUACUUUUGCUAAUCAAGAUCGGAAAAUUCCUGCGAAGCCUAAUGAGGAGCCGCCUAGUUGGACAAUGAAGAUAAUAGGUAGAAUCUUGGAAGAGGGUUUGGAUCCUGAUCAAGCUGGGAUCAUGCAGACGUCGAACCCCUUGUACCCAAAGUUUUCAGCUUUCUUUAAGAGGGUUACUAUUUCGUUGGACCAGAGACUGUAUCCUGAUAAUCAUAUGAUCGUGUGGGAUAGUGCUAGAACGCCUACACCUCAUGAAGGGUUUGAGGUGAAAAGGAAAGGGGAUAAAGAAUUUAAUGCAAAUAUACGGCUGGAAAUGAAUUACGUGCCUGAAAAAUACAAGCUUUCUGCAGCUCUGAUGGAAGUUCUGGGAAUUGAAGUGGAUACUCGCUCAAGAAUUAUCGCUGCUAUUUGGCAUUAUGUGAAGGCUAGGAAGUUGCAGAAUGCAGAUGACCCUUCUUAUUUUAAUUGCGAUCCAGCACUUAAAAAGGUAUUUGGGGAAGAUAAGAUGAAGUUUACCUUCGUUUCUCAAAAGAUUUCACAGCAUUUAUCUCCACCACAGCCUAUCCAUUUGGAGCACAAGAUCAAACUUUCGGGAAAUAGUCCAGCCGGAAAUGCAUGUUAUGAUGUGUUGGUGGAUGUUCCGUUUCCGGUACAAAGGGAAUUGAAUGCUUUAUUGGCUACCACUGAGAAAGCCAAAGAGAUUGAAGCCUGUGAUGAGGCGAUUUGUACCUCAAUUAGGAAGAUUAAUGAGCAUCGUAAACGACGAGCUUUCUUUCUUGGGUUUAGUCAGUCACCUGUCGAGUUUAUCGAUGCUUUGAUUGAAUCUCAAGGAAGAGAUCUGAAGAUUGCCGCAGGGGAAACAAGUCGUAACCCCGAAAAAGAACACCGUGCAGAGUUCUAUAAUCAACCAUGGGUUGAAGAUGCAGUCAUCCGUUACCUGAAUCGCAGGCCAGCUAAAGUUGUCAAUGGAAGUACAUAAACCUCCCAGAAAGUAAACAGCUGAAUGAAAAGCGAAUAGUUUUUUUUAAUAUGAUGCUCAAUGUGAUUUUGUGUAUCAUUAGUUAUUAGAUUCAGUCAUUAAAUAUGGAGUUGGAUGAUAGACCGAAGGUGUAGCUUAAAAGCCACCGUAUGAAACUUAAAAACAUUUAACAUCUGGGUGUAUUUUGUAGUUUGUUGUUAAAUUUAUAUUGUACAAGGGGGUGAUAGAUCCCAGUGAUAUGGAGUUUAUUCGGAUGCUCAUAUAAAUUAAUCCCAACCAUAUCUAUCUUGAAUAGCUAUUCCAACCUUGAUUGUUUGUGAGAUUA